AUGCGUUUCUCAAUCCUGACAGCAUUGUCUGCCAUCUCUGCCAUUGGGCAUGCUUUGCCAAAAAACCUGCAGACUCGAGAUGUGCCAACGGAUGAGUUAUCCCAGUUCAAAUUCUGGGUUGAGUAUGCGGCUGCAUCUUACUGCUACGACAACUAUGCUUCUAAGCCUGGUCACAAGUUGACCUGCUCGGCUCACAACUGUCCUCAAGUAGAGAAGAGUGACACUAGUAUCGUGUAUGACUUUUCCAACACCACCUUGACCGAUACCGCCGGCUACAUUGCACUAGACAACACCAACAAGGCCAUUGUUCUGGCCUUCCGUGGCUCCUAUUCGGUUCGCAAUUGGAUCGCCGACGCUUCAUUCUUCUACACCGACCCGAAACUCUGUGAUGGCUGCUCUGCAGAGCUGGGAUUCUGGAGUUCGUGGACCAACGUCCGCGAUCCCAUCUCAAAGGUCCUGAACGAAACCGUUUCUAAAAAUCCCGACUACGAAUUGAUUGUCGUCGGUCACAGCUUGGGCGCUGGAGUCGCUACCCUCGCUGCUGCUGAUCUUCGUGUUAAGGGUCAUCCGUCUACUAAGCUCUACGCAUAUGCAUCCCCUCGUGUGGCCAAUCCCGCUCUGGCCAAGUAUAUCUCUGCCCAGCCAAAUAACUACCGCUUCACACACAUCGACGAUCCUGUUCCCAAACUGCCUUUGAUCGCUAUGGGAUACGUUCACGUCAGCCCCGAGUACUACAUUACAGCACCAAACAACGCAACUGUAUCUGCCAGCGAGGUCCAGGUUCUCCAGGGGGGUAUCAACUGGGAAGGGAACACUGGCACUGGCGUGCCCUCAUUGACUGCAUUCUCUGCCCACCACUGGUACUUCAACGAAGCAGACGGCUGCCUGGGAGCUGGCCUGCCCCUUAAAUAA